AUGGAGACGUAUCACGGGCACGUCCGCACUCCUGCGGACGCUAUCAUCCUCUUCGAAGCUUGUCGCAUUGGCCUUCUCCCCCGCGUACAGAGACGUUUAUCCGAGAAGGAACGUCAAUUAAUUCGUUCCGGGUCAGUCUUUGUCUGGGAUGAACGCGAAGCGGGCAUGCGAAGAUGGACCGAUGGGAAGUCAUGGAGUGCCAGUCGCGUAUCGGGAAGCUUCCUAACAUAUCGCGAGAUGGAAGGCAAACGGGGCGGGACUGGUGUAGCUCAGACUACGAUGUCCAGAGCUGGUAAAACGCCAGAAAGCACACGAGGCAGUGACGAUGACCGUGGAGAUGGUGCGGAUGAAGGGCCGGACGGCUACCGCUACAAGCCUGAUGGCUUAAUGAAACAAUCCUUCAGCAUUACGACAUCUACCGGCCAGCACCUCCAUCUUAUCAGUUACUACUCGAGGUCACAUCCUUCUGCCGCCAAUCUUCAACAGCCGUCGACGGACCCCAACUUGCGGCAUGUGCGUCCUCAGAAGGGCCUUUAUCCGGAGUCUACUGUGAAUGAUCAACAGAAUCUCCCCGUUGUGACUCGUGGUCCCAUGGCCGGUGCCGCAUACGUGCCGCCUCAUCCCAUGGCACCCUAUGGACGCUCUCCGGCUGCGCACGCGGCGCCAUACACUCCCUCAUAUACAUGGCCUCCGACUCCGCUGGCUACUCCGCCCGUUCCGGUCCACUAUCCCUCUUACCUUCCCACACCACGAGCGGCCGGUACAUGUAGCUGA